AUGGCCGAUUCUGGUGACCCUGCGCGACUACAACUCUGGAGUCAUACAGAACGAGAUGUAUAUAAGACGACGAGUCUCAGUGUCCUAUGUGCCGUUUGCCCUCCAGAGUUUCUCGAGCACCUGCCCUCGUCGCCGACAACUCUAAUGUCCGCUUCAUUUACCUCGCAGCUUGAGCAGCCGCUCCUCGUCCAGCCAGCGCCAACCCGUCGUAUCGACGCCCGCCAGCUCGAGUUUGACGCUAUAAACCCUGUGCAGUGCUCGUCCGAGACCAUCUACGGCCAUCCUAUGCAUCCCCAUCACCAGCAGCAGCAGCAGCACUUUGGCCACUCGGACUAUGUGUUUGUGCAAGACGAUGCAACCUAUUACUACCCGCAGUAUACUUACUGCCCCCCGCCUUCGACGCCGUUGCAGUAUACGGCCACUUACCCACACCACCUCUACAACGCAGCCACUGGUGCCUAUGAACCCAUUCCAUACACGACUCCAGACUCUUCUGCCUCGAAUACGCCCCGCUUUGUGCAUGCAGAGCCCCUCCAGCACGUCGCCCCCCAAGUCAUUGCUCCGCUCCUCCUUGCCCAGCCCACCGUCGCCCAGCAGCGGUUUUACCAUCAGACAGAGUGCUAUUACCCACCUCAGCACUAUCAAUCGCCUACGACCGGCGUCCCCCAGCUCUCGCUCGCUGCCCAUAUUCAGCACGUCCAGGCGGCUCCUCAGGCCUCUACGUACCUUCCUUUGAGCCCAGUGUCUCCUGUACAGCAUCUCAAGCACCAACACCAACACCAUCACCAACCACUCGCAACCGCCCCCCCGUCCCCACAGACCCAGUUGACGAGCGCUCAUCCGCACCAGCUACACACUCCAGUACAGUCGCAAGUGCAACAAACGCACAGUUUUAUCCAACACGACGGUACUUCUUCGCCCUCGUCUUCGACAAUGUCCCCCGCCGGCAGCGUCGAGGACGAGCGCCUCAAGAAGCUUCGCGAACGCAGACACGUCGUCGCUUGUCUCUUUUGCCGCGGUCGAAAGAUUGCGUGUCAUCCACCGCCGGCUGCAGACGGUGAACGCGCAAAGCCCACCUCGCGCACGACGCCCGCGGCUAAUCGGCCUUCUUGCGAUAACUGCAUCAAACGCGGCCGACAAUGCGUCUACCCUGAGCGCGUGACCCCUCGAGCACCGCGCCGUCGCAGGCGCGGUGUCGUAUACGACGAAGAGGAACAAUAA